AUGCAUUUCACAAGAGAGAGAACACUUUCAACUGGAAUCAGCAUUCGUUGUGGGCCACCCCCAGCCAUCGCCAAUGGAGAUUUCAUUAGCACCGACAGAGAAUACUUUCAAUACGGAACAGUGGUGACCUAUCACUGCAAUCUUGGAGAGAGAAGGCAGAAGCUGUUUGACCUCGUGGGUGAGCCGUCAAUAUAUUGCACCAGUGAAGACAAUCAAGUUGGCAUCUGGAGUGGCCCUCCCCCUCAGUGCAUUACACCUAAUAAAUGCACGCCUCCAGUCAUUGAAAAUGGAAUAAGGAUGUCUGAGAACAGAAGCUUAUUUUCUUUACGUGAAAGCGUGAGGUUUAGGUGUCAGCCCGGCUUUGCCAUGAAAGGACCCUCCACUGUUGAAUGCCAGGCCCAAAACAAGUGGGGGCCGGAGUUGCCCAGCUGCUCCAGGGUAUGUCAGCCCCCUCCAAAAGUCCUGCAUGGUAAACACCCCCCAAGCCACAAGAGCAGCUUUUCUUCUGGGCAGGAAGUGUUCUACAGCUGUGAGCCUGGCUAUGAUCUCAGAGGGGCUGCUUCUCUGCAUUGUACGCCCCAGGGAGACUGGAGCCCGUCAGCCCCCAAAUGUGCAGUGAAAUCAUGUGCUGACUUCCUGGACCAGUUACCUAAUGGACAUGUACUCUUUCCACUUAAUUUUCAGCUUGGAGCAAAAGUAUCCUUCGUUUGUGAUGAGGGGUGA